GCAGCACCCUAAUCACAGUGGGGGAGUACCAGAAGAGACUCGGCGGGGCUGAGCGUGAGCUCCUCCAAACCUCAGCUGCCACCUUCCUCACUCCUCUACGCAACUUCCUGGAAGGAGACUGGAGGACUAUAUCAAAAGAGAGGCGACUAAUGGAGAAUCGGCGACUGGAUCUCGACAUCUGCAAAGCACGCCUGAAAAAAGCCAAGCAGGCAGAAGCCAAAGCAGCGGCUGCAACUGCUUUUCAGGAGACCAGGCCUCGCAAUUGUGUUCUUUCUGCCAGUGCAUCAGCGCUGCUGAGUGAGGAAGUGGACAAAGCGGAGCACGAUCUGCGUGUGGCGCAGACGGAGUUCGACCGGCAGGCUGAGGUCACCCGGCUGCUGCUGGAGGGAAUCAGCAGCACACAU